AUGGUGCACAGGAACAUCAUCACAAUGGCGGCGGUUGCAGCCGUUGCGGCCAUUCUAGCGGUGUAUAUGGUGGCAUUUCACGUGAUUUAUGGAGGAGAGAAAACUAUGCUGGCAAGCAAGGCCUCCACCAAGAGCUAUCUGACGCAAAGGAUCUCAUUGGUCUCCAAGUUGAUGCAGCAUCCGAGACGGCUAGCCAUGGAAGUUGUUGGGGACAAGAAUGGGCUAGCAAAUGUCGACAAAAGUUCAAAACUGAGCGCUAGUGCAAAGAGUGGGCCGAAAGAAGAGUAUUAUCAUUCUGCAUUCCCUACGAAUGGUAGAAAGGGAAUUGGCCCUGGUCUCAGUUUUGGAGAUCCAGUGCUGAACAAGAAGAACAAGUACAAGAUGCAGCCUAGAGCGUGUGUGCUGAGAGGAGAUUGCGACAAGGAGGGAUCGGAAGCCUACCUCGACUGGAGGAAUCUCAAGCAAGUCCACCGAUCAGCAGAUGAACAAAUGGAGGAACAGCUUACCAUCUUGUUCAAACGGACGGGAAUGAGCCUGAAAGACUGUCAAGAUGGUUUUGAAGAGGAUGAAAAGAUGGUUGAGAAGUGCCAGAGGAAAGCUGCGCGUGAUUUGUGCUACAAGUUCGAAUCUCUUUCACAUACUUGCAAGAUGUCCGCCAACUCGCGGAUCAACAGAGAAGAUCAGACUGUCUACUUUGAUAAGAGCUACAACCUGAAGGCUUGUAAGACCGACACAUACAAGGCCAUGUCGCAGAUGUGCUCAGAGGUAGAGAAGCUUCCUGGAAUCGUCGUUUCACACUGGCCUUGGCAGGGCCAUUCGAUGAAUUUGGAGUAA